GAAGGUCCUCUGGACACCUCCUGCCUUGCUGGCGGUCCCUGUGCAGCAGUGCUACUCGGCGCACACAUUCUAAGUAAAGGGCUCUGGUUUUAUUUUUGGACUGCUAUGGAGCCAUUGCCUUCCAUUUGGAGGAAAGGACUCGCUGAGCUCAACAUGAGCCUCUUGUUCUGACACUCCAGGCUGGGAGAAGCAGGCAGCAGCCAGUCGCCCCUGAGCAGCAGAAACACAGGGGACUCUGACUAAAGUGAGCCAUCUGUCAUCUGUUAAAAUCAUCUCUUGGGGGCUGACAUUUCCAUGGCUGUAAAUAUUGGCAACGCUGCCCAAGCAGGCCUGCUUUCCCAGCAGUACCCACCACCUCUGCUUCCUAAACCUGGGAAGGAAAAUGUCCGCCUCCAGAAACUACUUAAGAAAACGGCCAAGAAAAAAGCUGCCUCACAGGCCUCCCAGACACCAGUCCCCUUCCGCUCCAGCCUCUCUCCUGUAAACGAGGCAAGUCCUGACCUGGAGCACAGUGACCAUUCUACUCCCCCCAGGACACCAGAGACACCCAUCUAUGGAGGUACACUACACCCUCGUUUCAAUGUCAGGCCACUGUAUCAGCAUAUAGCCUCCCCUUACCCUCACCAGCGAUCCUUCAGUUACGGCAAACCAACAAGGUUCUCUCCACAGCCCUUUGUUCCUCCGGGCCUUAGUCCACCACACCACAUGGCUCCACUGUUCUCCUAUUCAGCUCCAUCUCAUUCUGUUCCUUUAGUAACUGUUACAUCUGUAGCAGCUAUAACUACCACCACUGAGUUCAUCAGGCAUGCAGACAUCAAACCAGGUUCAGCCGUAAAGCAAGUAAACAAUGUUGUGCUCACUACACAGCUGGAGUCCAACUCAAGUCUUACACCCACCUUCACUACUUCUAAACAAUCAAAACCCAUGUUUGACGUUCCACAAAUUACAAAUUACACUUCCAAGUCUGCAAGUCUAAGAACUUACACGGCAUCACCAAAACAAGAAAGGAGUAAAACACCUCUUGCUGAGAUAAAGCGAAGUCAAACCCCAACAUUUGAGGUUAGGAGGAUUGUGACACCAACAUCUGAGCUAAAGAGAGAACGAACACCAACCAGAGAAAUUAGAAGGGGGCCGACACCCACAUCUGAAAUUAAACGUGGUGCAACACCUACAUUUGAAAUCAAAAGGGGUCCAACACCUACAUCUGAAAUCAGAAGGGGUCCAACACCUACAGCUGAAAUCAAAAGGGGGUUGACGCCUACAUCUGAAAUCAAAAGGGGUACAACACCUACGUCUGAAGUCAAAAGAGGCUCAACGCCAACACCUGAAGUCAAAAGAGGCCCAACACCAACAAAAAUUCCUACUACAACACUGGAAGUUAAGAAUGGUACUACCCAAACAUCUGAGAUAAGAGGUGAUGCAACAGUAAAAACUGAGACAACGAGAGGACGAACCCCUACAAGAGAACGGACACCGACAUUAGAGUUGACAACAACAAAAACUCUUACAGGACGACCCAAGACACCCUCCUAUCAUGUGUCUCCUGCCAGAACCCCUGUCAUAGAAAUUUCAAGACCUAAUCCACUUCUAUUUGCUGUUUCCCCUGUGCAUAUGGAGGGUAGAAGAUCCAAAACACCAACCUCAAGUCUACUGGGGCCAAGUGAUGAAACUCCUAAAGAAAGCAGCAAAAUCCCAGAAGCUAUCCAAAAUGGGGAUGUCCAGAUAAAGCCACCUGAGAUUUCCGCAGAUAAAAAGUCAUCUGACAAAAUCAAAGAACCUGAAUUACCAAAGCCAAAGAUCCCCACACAAGAUGCUCCAAAGUUUACAGAGACCUCAGAACCCCAAGGUCAGAUGACCCCUUCACAUGAAAGUUCUAAACCUGUUCCUACAGCUGAGUUCCCAUCACCCAAACCACCAAACCAUGAGUUUGAUAAACCUGUGCUACCCUCACCAGGACUUCAGAGACCAAGAAUACCUCCAUUUGCAGGUCAAAGACCUAGAACACCCACAUCAAAAUCACCCAAAUCAACAUAUUAUGGAUUAACCCCAUCUGAAUAUGUUGCUCAUGGGGGGAUACAGAGUUUUACACCUGCAUUUGGUAUCUCAAGACCUAUUUCACCAACUACUGCGGUAUCCAAACCUCCAGAACCGGUAUCACAAGAACCUACACAAAACGCUCAGGGAAAAGCAAAGGAUCAGUCUACUCUGAAAGAGGCAGCUAGGCCUGAAGCAGUGCCUAAGCAGUCAGAGACACCUGUGAGUAAAGUACCACCGUCCACAAAUGCUGCACCUACAGCUACAGUCUCAGAGCCAACACCGACACCAGCAGUGCAGAAAAUACUCAAAUCUGUUAAAGAGACACCAAAGUUACCAACACCAGAAAUAAAGAAAACUGAAGAAAAGGUCUCUGCAAUUACUAUUCCAACGAUUGUGGUGUCUAAAGCUGACACACCACCAGCAGAAGUACCUCAGGCAGUGACUACAGUUCCUGUGAUGCCGAGAGUCAGGACCCCAACAUACGGCCCUCCUAAACCAAAAUCACCGCCCUCUGACUCCACAGUGGAACCCACUAAGCCUGAAACUAAACCAGCCUCAGCACCUGCACAAACUACAACAUCUAACCAAACUGCAGACGUUGCUAAAAUCUCAAAGCCAACGCCAGCAAAAGAUGCAGUCACUGCAAAAACAGACAAAGUCUCAAAGAAGCCAUCAGCGCCCCAAAAGUCGUUAUUAGAGAGGAUUAAAGAGCAAAAAUCUUUAACAACAGUGGCUUCUGACAAAACUGCAACAGAAAAGACACAAGAUAAGCCUCUGGUCAAGCCAGCAGAUGACCAGAAGGACAAAGUGAAACCUGAGAAAAAAGAUUUAGCAGAGGCUAAAGAGAGUACCCUACAGGAGACUAAGCCUGCAGCGGAGGAGAAGGGGGACGGCAGCUCCCCUCCAGCAGCAGAGCCACUCCUGAAGGCAUUUCAGAAACCAAAAGGCAUGAAGUCAAAGCUCAGCGGCUGGUCUCGUCUCAAGAAACACAUGGUGGUGGAGGUCGAGGAGCCUACAUUUCCUGAUGCGGAGACAGCGCUGAAAAAAGAGGCCCCUGAUGGCACUGCCCCGAAACCAAGUGAGCAGAAACCACAGGGCAAAGAAGCAGAUAAGAUUACUGAAAAAUCUGAGAGCCAAGAGGAUACAGACAGCCCCAGGGCUGCGAAAAUGUGGGACGCUGUCCUCUUCCAAAUGUUCUCUACCAAAGAGAGCAUCAUGCAACAGAUAGAAGCCAGCAAAACCGAUGAGCAGAAGAAAGAAGAGGAGAAACUGGACAAACCGAAAGAAAUUCCAUCAUUUGCACAUCGCCUUCCAGUUCUCCUGUAUAGCCCUCGGUUUGAUGCUAGAAAACUGAGAGAGGCAGCCUCACGGCCUGUGACAAAGAUUGCAACAGUAUUCGAGAUGGGUCUCAUAGGCCGCAAAGGCAAAGAUGAAGAACCAAAAGACUUUAACAGAACCGCCAAAGGCUUCGCUGCUAGUAAAUCCACUGACGUGUAGCUGAAGAGUAGAUGUUAAACGGCCAAGGAUAUUUGUAAUUUUUUCAGUGAUAGUGUACAGUUCUGUUUAUCACACAUUCAGUUUCUUUAAAAUUUCAUUAAGUUACUUUAAAAGAGCUAAACAGAAAAUAAAUGUUAUUUGUAUGAAAUACAGUGAGGAAUUUAAAUGAAUCAGUAGUAUUGUUUUACUUCACUGCCAGUUUCCCUGACAUGUUAUUUUUUUGGCAGGGAGAAGUACAAAACAUAGGCCUUUCACUUAGAUAUCCCCCAGUGAUUAAAGAAUGCAUUGAUAACAAGCAUUCGAACAGCUUCAUUUCAUUGAUCUGUCAUCACUGAUAGUGAAAAAAAUGAAGAAAGUAUGGUGAAAGAAUCACAGCCCAACACCUAUGCAGUUCUUUCAUGGCUGAAGUUUGCCAUAUGAGUUACACAACAAAAUCCAAAUCCUGACUGAUGUCUCGGAAAGGAGAUUUGAGGUUUUUUUUUUUUGCAUAAUGGAAGUGUGAAUAUUAGGCAUCAUGGAAUAUUAAAUUGAUGUACUUUAAUACUCAGUAUUCAUCAUGGUGCUUAUAAAAAUCCUUUCCUUUUUAUUUUUUCUCUUUUAUUGUUUUUUUGCCUUUUUUUUUUUUUGACAAUGCCAGGGAGGCGUAGCUGGCAGAAAAAAGCUGUGAUAGUGUGUUCAGUAGAGGAACAGGUUCGACAGGGUAAGGAAAGUUUUAUGAGGGUGGAAGGGUGGGAAUGGGGUGACUGUGACGUUAAGUAGAUGUGGGAAUAAGAGAAAAAUCUGUAUGAUAGUGACAGAGCUUCUGAUUCUACCAUGAACAUCCGGAGUAGAAGCAGACAGUGCAUUGAGGUAUAUUGAUGACCAGAGCAUGUCUAAAUGAAGCUGCAUGCCUGAAGUGUUGACAGGCAGCUUUCACUGACAGAACCCUAAAACUGAGCAUAAAGCCACUGGGUUCUGCUGAACUGAUAGAAUAAUUAGGUUGGGGAUAGCACACAGCAGUGCAUACUGACUGUCAACCCUUACGCUUGGCAAAAAAAAGUGGUCAGGAUCUCCUUCAGCCUAAAGUCCUCUUAAAAUCUGAGAUGAAUUAAUUGUCUACUGUAUGUUUUAUGCUUGGCCUUUUUUGCAUGUAUGUCUUCAAACGUCAGACUGGGUACAGGUUCUCUGUGUGGGCUGUGAUGUGUAUAAUGCUUUGCCUUUUAUGGUGCGUUGUACUAGAUGUUGUUUUAUAUUUAUUUUUGUAAUAAAAACGCUUGAUUUGGAGAA